CCCAGAAGCCCGGGGUCUACGUCAACCUCUGCCGCUACGGCCGCUGGCUGCAGGACACCAUGGCCCACAACUGACCCAAAACCGGACGGAUUCGCCCCAAAAAGCCACGGAAACGCCCGAAAUCCUCAAGAUUAAAGAAAUGAUCCAGCCCCGAACCCCGGCAAUGGCUCCCGGAGCCUUCAUCCCCCUCCCGCUGCUCCUCCUCCUCCUCCUCCUCCUCCCGCGGGCGCGCGGCGGCCAGGAGCUUCCCGAGGAGGACGAGUCGCGCAUCAUCGGCGGCCGGCCCUGCUCGGUGGCCCAGCGGCCGUUCCAGGUGGCCCUGACCAAGCGGGGGCAGAUCCUGUGCGGGGGGAGCCUGGUGGCCGCCCAGUGGGUGCUGACGGCCGCGCACUGCCGGCAGCCAAUCAGGGAGCUGCAGGUGCUGAUCGGCACCAACACGCUGCGCGCAGGUACGGGCCAGGUGCGCCGCGUCUCGCGGCUGCAGGUGCACCCCGGCUACGACCCGCGGCGCAACGACAACGACUUCAUGCUGCUGCGGCUGGACGCACCUGUGCGCUUCGGGCCGCGCGUCAAGAGGAUCCGCGUGGCCACCAGGUGUCCGCGGGCGGGGCAGAGCUGCAGCGUCAGCGGCUGGGGCACCACCAAGUCACCUGGAGCCAAGCUGCCGCGGGACCUGCAGUGCGCGCAGGUGCAGACCUUCGGGCCGGAGCAGUGCGCCCGCGCCUACGGCAGCGCCGUCACCCGCAACAUGUUCUGCGCAGGCGUGCCCCAGGGCGGCGUCGACUCCUGCCAGGGUGACUCGGGGGGCCCCCUGGUGUGCGGGGGGUACCUGCAGGGCGUGGUCUCCUGGGGCCUGGCCGUGUGCGGGCAGCGCGGGAACCCCGGCGUGUACAGCAACGUGUGCCGCGCCAGCGCCUGGAUCCGCCGCGUCAUCCAGGAGUGACCAACGGAGUGACCACAGUGACCAGAGUGACCAAUGGAGUGACCACAGUGACCAACGGAG